AUGGCAGCCUUGGCCAGGCUGGUGGCCGGCAGCGGAGUGGGGGACGCGGCCGCGCGCGAGAGUGACAGCCCCCGCGCCCACCGCGAGCCCGGAGUCUGGCCGGCGCCCUACGAUCAUGGACGGCGGCUCCCGGCUGGCGGCGGCGCGCCCCCGGGCUGUGAAUGCGACUCGCCCCUCGGCCGCGCUCCCCGCCCGCCCGCCCGCCGGGACGUGGUAGGGGUGCCCAGCUCCACUGCGAUGGCAGUUGGCGCGCUGUCCAGUUCGCUCCUGGUCACCUGCUGCCUGAUGGUGGCUCUGUGCAGCCCGAGCAUCCCGCUGGAGAAGCUGGCCCAGGCGCCGGGCCAGCCGGGCCAGGAGAAGCGGGAGCACGCGUCUCGGGACGGCCCGGGAAGGGUGAGCGAGCUCGGGCGCCCGGCGAGGGACGAGGGCGGCAGCGGCCGGGACUGGAAGAGCAAGGGCGGCCGUGGGCUUGCCGGCCGAGAGGCGUGGAGCAAACAGAAGCAGGCCUGGGCCACCCAGGGUGAGGGCGCCAAGGCUGGGGACCUGCAGGUCCGGCCCCGCGGGGACACCCCGCAGGAGGAGCCCCCGGCGGCCGCCGCCCAGGACGUAGCGGGCCCGGACCCGGCGCCCGCGACGGAGCCGCCCGAGGAGUACGCCUACCCGGACUACCGCGGCAAGGGCUGCGUGGACGAGAGCGGCUUCGUGUACGCCAUCGGGGAGAAGUUCGCGCCCGGCCCGUCGGCCUGCCCGUGCCUGUGCACCGAGGAGGGCCCGCUGUGCGCGCAGCCCGAGUGCCCGCGGCUGCACCCGCGCUGCCUCCACGUCGACACGAGCCAGUGCUGCCCGAAGUGCAAGGAGAGGAAGAACUACUGCGAGUUCCGGGGCAAGACCUACCAGACUCUGGAGGAGUUCGUGGUGUCUCCGUGCGAGAGGUGCCGCUGCGAGGCCACCGGGGAGGUCCUGUGCUCAGUGUCCGCCUGUCCCCAGACGGAGUGUGUGGACCCCGUGUACGAGCCCGACCAGUGCUGCCCGAUCUGCAAAAACGGUCCAAACUGCUUUGCAGAGACGGCCGUCAUCCCGGCCGGGAGAGAGGUGCGGACGGACGAGUGCACCACCUGCCACUGCACCUACGAGGAGGGCACCUGGAGGGUCGAGAGGCAGGCCACGUGCACCAGGCACGAGUGCAGGCAGAUGUAGGCGUGCACCGCACAAAACGCCCUCUUUCUAGAACAUUCCAGAAGACUCUGGAAAUGCCAGUCCAAAGGAGAAGACUUUUGAUGAGGAAUAAUGGGAAAUGGUUGGUACUUUUGCUUUUCUUGGCAACAACUACUGCAAGAGAAGGAGAUGGAUGUAUUUCGGAUCAUCCUGAGAACUUUGGGCAUGAGGCCCUCCCCAAAUCAAUGUGCUAUUUUCAGACGGGUGCACAAGGCGCACUGGUCUAUGAGCUGUAUUUCUAGAACCCUCUGUUAGA